UCUAUCCCCUUUCUCUCUUUCUAUGGACCAAAACCCUACUCUCGUACUGAUCGUCAGCACCCACAGAAAAUACUAAGACUUCCAUCUCUCUCUGUUGAUGGAUUCCUUCCUACGUUCUUAUUAGAUUAACAUAUAUACCUAAAAAGAGAGAACCCAGUUCCCUCCUCUCCCUCCCUCUCUCUCUCUCUCUCUCUCUCUCUCUCUCCCCCCCCCCCCCCCCCCCCCCCAGCAGCAGCCGCAACAUAUAUAUAUAAAAGUGGUAUAUAUGCAACUGAAAUCAAUCAAUCAAUGAAUUAAUUAAUUAGUACUAGCCAUUCUUGUGUGAUAUAAUCAAAAUGAGCCAGUGUGUUCCCAGCUGGGAUCUGGAUCAUAACCAGAAUUCCACCCUGCCACCACCUUCCAGGCUCUCUCUCCGCCCACGCCAUCCCACCUCCUCCCCCAACUCCCCAACCUCCCACAAGUUAGACUACGAAGUGGCGGAGCUAACAUGGGAGAACGGCCAAAUAGCCAUGCACGGCCUCCGUCCGCGCGUCCUCCCCAAGCCCCACCCCUCCCGUAAUAAUAAGUACUCCUGGGACAAGCCACGAUCCGCCGCUGCCGGCACCCUCGAGUCCAUCGUCAACCAAGCCACUCGCUUUCCCAUCCCAAAGUCCUCCACCACCUUCCCCGACGGCUGCCCAGCCGUCCCGCACCACGCGGAGAUCGACCCCUGGUUAGAGCAGCACCGCUCCGUCGUUGCCGCCCCGGACGCCUUGGUCCCCUGCUCGAACCCAACGGACGACCCGUCCCUGCGUGCGGUCGGGUGCUCCACGCGCGUGGGCUCCUGCAGCGAUGCCGCCACCGCCACCGAGCACCAGGACGACGCCGAGGGGAGGCUGCGGUCGACGAGGACGGCGCACGAGUGGAGCAGCGCGGCACAGAGCGUCAGUACCGGAAGUGCUACGUUUGGUAGGGACAGCCACCCUGUGACGCUCGACACGUGCGAGGUGGAGUUGGGGGCGGGGUUCGCAUCCACUUCGCUUGGGUCGCCGGAAAAUUCCAGCUCCGGUAAGCAUGGCACGAAGACGACCACCGCCGACGACCAUGACUCGGUUUGUCACAGCAGACCACAGAGGGAGGAAAGCGGGGAGGAAGGCAAGAAGAAGGCAACAAGCCGGAAAUCUUCAGUUUCAACUAAAAGGAGCAGGGCGGCUGCUAUUCAUAACCAAUCUGAACGGAAAAGGAGAGAUAAGAUCAACCAAAGGAUGAAGACUUUGCAAAAGCUGGUCCCAAAUUCCAGUAAGACGGACAAAGCCUCAAUGCUGGACGAAGUGAUAGAGUAUCUGAAACAACUACAGGGACAAGUUCAGAUGAUGAGCAGGAUGAACAUGAUGCUGCCGCUGGCCAUGCAACAGCAGCAGCAGCAGCAGCAGCAGCAGCAGCUCCAAAUGUCGAUGAUGGGAAUGGGAAUGGGGAUGGCGGGGAUGGGCGGCCCUGCUGUGAAUGUGAUGGGCAUGAACACAAUGCCGCGCCCUAACAUGAACCUCACCCGAAUCUCUCCUCUUCUUAACCCCGCUGCUGCUUUCAUGCCUCUAACUCCUUCCACCUGGGACACCUCCGGCGACCGCUUACCGCCCAUGCUUCUGCCGGACCCCCUCUCCACAUUCUACACUUGCCCAUCACAGCAACAGGCGAUGGCAUUGGAUGCGUACAGCCGGAUGGCAGCCUUGUAUCAGCAACUGCAGCAGCCUCCAUCAUCUAGUUCGAAGGGCUGAUCGAUCGCCAUAUAUAAUUCCCUAGCUAGCUAGCUAGCUUGUAUAUGCUGCCUUAGAAGUUGAUCGAUCGUGCGUACGCCAUGGACGCCGGCGUGUAUAGCCAGAAGCCAGGAAUUCGCUUGAGUUGCAUUAUGCAUGUAUGGAUGGAGCAUGUAUAGUUAACACUGCAUGGCCCUCCCUUUCUUAAUUGUUCAGGAGUUGUAUCUGAAAAAUCUCUCCGGAAGAAAUAGUUGAGCCUACAUAUGUCUAUAUUUAGGAGAUUUCCGCUAUUCUAUUUGUACCUAUUUUCUGACAGCAGAUCGAACUCCCUUUUUACCCUUUUACUCUUUAAACAAAUUACUUUGGCUGUUGUUACAUAGAGUAAUUGUAUUUUAAAUAAAAAAUUCGCAGAAGACUUGCCUCCAA